AUGGGCAAUAAUGUUACACAAAAAGGCCCAACUACUGAAGAGGAGGCCCUCUCUAUGGCAAUGUGCUUGGCUACUAGCCAUGUACCAUCUAUGGUGUUCAAAGCAGUCCUUGAGCUAAACAUUAUUGACAUAUCAGGCCCUGAUGCCCAACUUUCGUCGUUAGAGAUCGCCUCCCAAUUAACCACCACUAAUCCAGAUGCCGCGGUGGUCUUAGACCGCUUGCUACGCAUCUUGGCUAACUUUACCAUUGUCACCUUCUCUAACCGUGUUGGGCCUAAUGGUCAGGUUGAAAGGGUCUAUGGACUUGGGCCUGUUUGCCAAUUCUUGGUUAAGAAUGGUGGUGGGGGUUCAUAUAGUGCCUUUGCCACUCUCAUGUAUGAUAAGGUUGUCAUGAAUUCUUGGAAACAUUUGAAAGAUGCGGUACUUGACGGUGGAGUUCCUUUCAAUUUGGCUCAUGGUAUGGGCGUAUUUGAUUAUCUUGGUACAAAUUCAAGAUUUUACAAUGUUUUUUAUGAUGGAAUGGACCAUCACUCAAUCAUGGUAUCUAAGAAAAUCUUAGAUAAUUAUAAAGGAUUUGAAGGUAUUUCAUCACUCGUUGAUGUUGGUGGUGCAACUGGAGUUACACUCAACAUGAUUAUCCCUAAAUACCCCUCAAUUAAGGGUAUUAAUUUUGAUCUGCCUCAUAUCAUUAAAGAUGCACCAUCUUUUCCUGGUAUUGAGCAUGUUGGAGGAGACAUGUACAUCAAUGUACCAAAGGGUGACGCUAUAUUCAUGAAGUGGACUUUUCAUACAGCAGGAAAUAAUGAACAAUGUAUUAAAUUGUUGAAGAAUUGCCAUGAAGCUUUGCCAGAAGAUGGAAAAGUAAUCAUAUGUGAGCAUGUUGUAUCAGACGAACCUGGUGAAACCAGUUAUCAAGCUCAUACAAGUUUUAUUUUCGACGCGAUGUUGUUAACCAUUCCAGGGGGUAGAGCAAGAACCAAACAUGAGUCGCAUCCGAAUAUUGAGCUACUAGCAUUGAUCUGA